UGUGGUUAUUUUUGCCAGGUCACCGCGCAGGAUUGAUUUGUCAUCGUUUCGUUCUUCCGUUUUCUCGUGAUUCCCGUGUUUAUUUACACACAUUAACGCUCUCUAUGUAAGCCAGCAAACUGUAUUUUGCCUUGUUUGGUAGCAUGGAUCCCCUGCCGUGUCCGGGGGACAUCAUACAUCUCAAUGUCGGCGGUACGAGGUUUUCCACCUCGAAACAGACUCUGAUGUGGAUUCCUGACUCUUUUUUCUGCAGUUUGCUGAGUGGCAGAAUAUCAUCACUCAAGGAUGAAACAGGCGCUAUUUUCAUCGACCGUGACCCCGCGGCGUUCGUUCCCAUCCUGAACUUCCUUCGCACAAAGGAGCUGGACCUGAGAGGAGUGGACAUAAACACACUGAGACAUGAGGCAGAGUACUACGGAAUCACUCCCAUUGUAAAAAGACUGGACCUGUGUGAAGACUUGGAGAGGUCAUCAUGUGGAGAUGUCCUGUUCCACGGCUACCUGCCCGCACCAGGCAUUCCGCCGCGUCCUGUUGGCGUUGCCUUGGAAACGGAGUGUCGGAUGAGACCGGGCGCGUCCACGGGCAGUCCGCUGUCACAGUACCAGUCCUCGGCGGCCACGCCCCUGAGUCGGUCGCGCUACGCCUCCGCGGCGGACGGGGCCGAGGGUGGGGAGACCGCCAUGUUUGAGGUCCCCCUUGAUCCCAAGAAGGUUCGAAUCAUCGUUGGGCAUCACAGCUGGAUUGCUGUUGCCUACGCCCACUUUGUGUGCUGUUACAGGGUUAAGGAGUCGACGGGAUGGCAGCUAGUGUUUAACAGUGAGUACCUGGAACAGUCGGUGGAACGUGUGGCGCUGAACUCCAAGUGUCCGGGCGGGUACAGCGACAACAAGGACAGGAUGAUCGCCGUGUCAUCGGGCAGCGACAUCAGACUCUGGAGCUUCCAGGACGAGGGGCCCAAGAACGAGAGAGGUGUGUUUAACCUGUCGGUACAGGUGGACGACCUGUUCUUCAUCGGCAGUCAGCUGGUGGCCAUCAGUCACACCGGCAAGAUCGGCGUGUGGCACGCCAUGACUCACAACUGGCAGAUUCAGGACGUGGAGCCUAUCUCCUGCUAUGACACAGCAGGAACUUUCCUCCUUCUGGGCUGCAACAAUGGAUCCAUAUACUACAUAGAUAUGCAGAAGUUCCCCCUGCGUAUGAAGGACAAUGACCUGCUGGUGACAGAACUGUACCACGACCCAAACGACGACAUGAUAACAGCACUCAGUGUCUACCUCACUCCAAAAAUCAGUGUGAGUGGGAACUGGAUCGAGAUCGCGUAUGGCACCAGCUCGGGUAAGGUGCGUGUGAUCGUGCAGCACCCAGAGACGGUGGGACACGGGCCACAGCUGUUCCAGACCUUCACCGUCCACAGGAGCCCCGUCUGUAAGGUCAUGCUGUCCGAGAAGUACCUGGUCUCAGUGUGUUCGGAGUACAACCACGUGCGUACGUGGAACGUGACGAGGUUCCGCGGGAUGAUCUCCACCCAGCCCGGCUCCACGCCACUCAACUCCUUCAAGAUCAUCUCCCUGGAGGACGCAGACCCUCACCACAGCUACGGGGCCGGCAACAGGAUCGGUCCGUUUGGAGAGCAGGAUGAUGAACAGGUGUUUGUACAGAAAGUGGUGCCAGAAACAGACAAGCUGUUUGUUCGACAGUCUUCCACGGGGAAAAGGGUGUGUGUGAUAAAGACGGUGGACGGCUCGCCUCUGAGCUGUUUCUGUGUGCACGAAUGUGAGGGGUCCAGCAGGAUGGGGUCACGACCUCGCAGGUACCUCUUCACAGGACAUGCAAACGGCAGUAUACAGAUGUGGGACCUCACCACGGCACUGAGUAAGGUAGAUAAGGACAGUAAAGACACAGAUGGAAACAAGAGUUUUGUGGGCGGGCCGACCGAAGUGGAGCUGUUGAAGCUGUUGGAACAGUGUGACAUCAGUGCCUCGCGAUGCUCCACCCCCUCACUCAGCCCCUCCACGUCCCUGGUCGCCUCCCGACUCAGAAUGGCACAGCCCGAGGAGGGUGGGGACGAACCCCAGGGGGCCGUGGGCGGGGCAGCAGGUGGGGCAGCAGGCGGGGCCGACAGCUCACAGGAUCCCAACUCCAAAGUUUUCAGAGUCUCUCUGUGUUAGCAUUGUCCUGUGGCUGAAUAAGUGCUGCUAAGAUUUAUCUUCAAGUUGAAAGUUUUUCUGUGUUGGUAGAAGUCAGUUUAGCAGCGCCAUCAUGUUUCAUCUUGUUUCAUGGUGGUGCGGCUAAGUGUUUAACAUACAUGAAUGCACAUUUACAUGUAGUCAAACCUGCCCAAGCAAGACUACUCAGUGGACCAACAAAAUCUGGUCUAAUAUUUGAUUGAAAACUCAUCUGUGUUGGUAGAAUCCAUAGUUGUGAAGUUUAAGGUUAGUUCUAACACAGAAAAGGGAACUCACCAUAAAUUUCCGGUCGAUCUCAUCAACCUUUGUCAGAAAUCUGGUCAAAAUCUGGUCAAUGUUGACAGGGGACACAUUAGACAGGAUCCUUUUAUGAUUUACUGUUUCCUACAAUUUUAAAUAUAGUUACAAAUGCUUGUGUCAAUGGGAAAAAGUGGUCACAGUAAGGUCCUUGUGUACAUGUAGAGGUGGUCACUUAAUACAGGUUUGACUUCAUCUGACAGCAUGGUUAAAUUCAAAUUGCCAAAGGCAUGAAGGUACAUGUAUAAUAUUGACUUGUGUAUGUGAACCAAAAAUGCUUCUGUAGCUACAUGUAAAAACAUUUGGAGUGAGGAGUGUUGCACUGGCAGAUCUUCUCAGUCUCUGUACUAGAAUACCAGGAAUUUUACUCAUUAAAAAUGAGACAGUUCUUAAAAAAACACAUUCCUGGAAAUUUCUUGAAAACCUUUGUUCUUGGAAAUUCUUAGAAAGAGACAUGCAGGAUAAAAAUGAUUGAUUAGUAAUGUUGUUAAGUGCUUUUUAUUCAGUUUUAUUAGCCAUACAUUUGGAACAAAGAGUUGGUUGAGACUUCUCUCAUUAUCAUGCUGCAAUGGAAGUGAAUUACUGUAGUUAUGUUUGUGGGAAAAGCAGCGUGAUUAUAUGAUUAUACAAUAACUGGUAUCUUUGAAAUUCACAUUUCACAAUGGUAAAGAAAUUAUAGAUAAUAGUUCUAGAUUUUUUAUGAUUCACAGAUUGUGAAGAAAUAAAGGAAGCAGCCCUAAAAUAGUGCUGGUACAAAAUGUA